ACUGCCUGUUUCGUUCCUUCCUGCUGCUCGGGCAAUGUGGACACACUGGAGAAAUUUUCAUACUAGUUAGCUGUGAAAAGUAUUUAGCAGAAAUUGAUUUGGGAAACUACAGAUUUCGAGGCUUUUUCGGCGCUACCAACCAUCGUUCGCGGCAACCUCGACACCCAGCAGCAGCAGUAGUGCACCAGAUCAACAGUUCAAGACGCAAACAUGGGCGACGUUAUAAAUAUCGACAGCAUAAUAUCGCGACUUCUGGAGGUGCGUGGGGCACGGCCAGGCAAGAACGUACAGCUCUCGGAAAGCGAGAUUCGGGGUCUCUGCCUGAAGUCGCGUGAGAUCUUCCUCUCGCAGCCGAUUCUCCUUGAACUGGAGGCCCCACUAAAAAUUUGCGGCGACAUUCACGGCCAGUACUAUGAUCUGUUGCGUUUGUUCGAAUACGGUGGCUUCCCGCCGGAGUCGAACUACCUGUUCCUGGGCGACUAUGUCGACCGUGGCAAGCAAUCGCUGGAGACCAUCUGCCUGCUGCUCGCCUACAAGAUCAAAUACGCAGAAAACUUCUUCCUGCUGCGUGGUAAUCACGAAUGCGCCAGCAUCAAUCGCAUAUAUGGAUUUUAUGACGAGUGCAAGCGUCGCUAUAGCAUCAAAUUGUGGAAGACUUUUACCGACUGCUUCAACUGUCUGCCGGUGGCGGCCAUCGUUGAUGAGAAGAUAUUUUGCUGCCAUGGCGGCCUGAGUCCCGAUCUGACCUCUAUGGAGCAGAUCCGUCGCAUAAUGCGCCCCACCGAUGUGCCCGACCAGGGAUUGUUGUGCGAUCUGCUCUGGUCAGAUCCCGAUAAGGACACCAUGGGAUGGGGCGAAAAUGACCGUGGCGUAAGCUUCACCUUCGGAGCCGAGGUGGUGGCCAAGUUUUUGCAGAAGCACGAGUUCGAUCUCAUCUGCCGAGCCCAUCAGGUUGUUGAGGAUGGGUAUGAGUUCUUCGCCAAGCGCCAGCUGGUCACUCUCUUUUCGGCGCCCAACUACUGCGGCGAGUUUGACAACGCUGGAGCCAUGAUGUCCGUGGACGAUACGUUGAUGUGCUCGUUCCAGAUCCUCAAGCCGGCUGACAAGCGUAAAAAGUAAUAUCACACACAUGCAGCAGCAAGAGCAGUCUUUUUCUAUAUAAAAAACAAAUCAAUAAGAAAAUCAACCAAGAAAGAAAAACAAAAACACAACAACAACCAGAAAUAAAAUGCUUUGAAACAACACAUCAGAUCAUGGAUGAAACAAACCCGGGCGAGUCAAAAUCAACAAGAAAAUCCCUCAGCUAUGCGGACUAAUGCCAGCGAAUGCAUGGAGGAACAACGCCUCGAUCAAAGGACAUCCUGGGUCCCUAGCAGAAGAAUAAAGUUUUUCCCCUACCCCCACCCCAUUGAGAUUUAAUUCGCAAUUACAAACACAUUGACAAAUACCAUGAUUAAAAGCCACAUAUUUAUUUUUAA